UUAUUGAACAAUGUUCUUGCUUAUAUAUCAACCAAUUUGCGCGACAGGUUUCAAUACGAUCUGUCAAUGAAUAUGAUUUCCUUCUUCUUCCUUGCGUGGAUCUUAAAUUCGGGUGACGCUUUCAGUGACUUUCCAUCGUUGAUGUCCACUAAUGCCUCGAUGGCGGUCGUUAUCGACAAGAGUUUUUUCGAUAAUAAGGCUGAAUAUCGCGAUACAGUAAAAAAUAUUUACAACUUUAUUACGGCAAUUACGAGGAAAGAAAUACAUAUGGCUGACAUUGACGUGCACAUCUUUGAAGGAACAAAGGUACAUAAUCUUCGAGAUUUUACGGUGCUUUUAUCCGUGACCUCAUGUUAUCAAAUGUGGAGCCUUCACGAUGCAGCGCGUAAAGAAGAUCUCGUACAUUUAGCAAUAACAGAUCAGGACUGUCCACGGCUUCCUGAUUCGGAGGGUGUGAGUAUCCCCUUAAUAUUGCCAGGCAAAGAAUUAUCCCAGAUUUUCUUCGAUAUGAGAUCGAUCGACGCUUUGCUUUGGAACAAUGUCAACAUACUGCACGACGAUACCUUCGGUGACGCAAUUUAAGCAUUAAACUUCUCGGCAUCUUUGCUAAUAUAAAAUACGAAAACAACUCAUGAAAAUACAUUUUAUUUAUGACAACUUAUAGAUAGGGACACGAUCGGCAGAGUCACAAAAGCCUUGUCGAUCUCGUUGCCCAACAAAAAAUUUAACUUGGUCUCCAGAGCAUUAUUUGCUUUUAAGCACGCUAAUUCUGAACGUAAUAGAAGGUACUAUAUAAAAAAUAUGCUUGAGAGUUUCCACGUGGAACAAUUGGGAAAAUGCUUUCUGGUAAUCGUCACGAUAGACACAGCGGCUGAUGUUAUGGAAGUUGCAAAGUCUUUAAAUAUGGCGCUACCCGACAGUCAGUGGCUAUAUAUCAUCACUGAUAGUGUAGUACGAAACUCUACAAAUAUUACCAGUUUCAUCGAUUUAUUGACGGAAGGCAGCAAUGUAGCUUUCAUUUACAAUAUGACGGACAGCGAUACAUAUUGCAAUGUCAGUUUAAAAUGUUAUAUCCAGGAGUUGGUUUCGACUUUGGCUAACGCUUUAAAAAUGUCGUUGAUGACUGAAAUAGAAUUAUACAGUCAUAUGACCGAGGAGGAGUUCGAACUCAUCCGAUUAAAUAAGCAGGAAAGACGUCAGGAAAUUCUCAAAAGUAUUAAAAUACAGCUUAUCGAGGAUACUUUUUCUACGAGCGGCGUUUGUGGCAAAUGUCUGUUUUGGCGGUUCGCUUCGGCCAUAACAUGGGGCAACUUCUUCGUUCGCGGCAAGAAUGUCGCGCACUUGAUAGACUCGGGAACGUGGAUACCCGUCCUAGGUGCGAAUUUUACAGACGUUCUUUUUCCACACGUAGUGCACGGUUUCCGAGGGAUCAGAAUACCAAUCGCUACGUAUCACAAUCCGCCGUGGCAAACUAUCUCGUUGACUAAUUCUGGCGAAAAGGAAUACGGAGGACUCCUCUUUGACGUUGUGAAAUAUCUAGGGAAAAAAUUGAACUUUACCUAUAAUGUGCUCAGCCCGGCGAUCAAUCAGACCAAGUUCACUCGUAACGCUACUGUAGCCAAUGUGGUGUUAACGUCGACAACGAGAGAAAUGCCAUCGCAGAUAAUAGAUAUGAUUCUGGAGAAAAAGGUCCUUCUUGCAGCCUGCGCGUACACCGUGAAUGACUACGGAAAAAAACAGAUCAAUUUUACCUUGCCGAUUUUUAUACAGACAUAUAGCUUCCUAACUUCAAAACCGGGCCAACUUUCUAGAGCGUUAUUGUUCACCGCGCCCUUUACCAAAGAGACGUGGGCCUGCGUGGCAGCAUCCAUUAUUAUAAUGGGCCCGAUAUUGUACCUGAUUCACAAGUACAGUCCAAGCAGUACGAAGACAUCGGGGCUCAACUCCUGCUGGCAAUGCGUAUGGUACAUCUAUGGGGCUCUUCUUCAGCAAGGGGGAAUGUACUUACCCCAUUCCGAUAGCGCUCGCCUGUUGGUUGGUGUCUGGUGGUUGGUUGUGAUGGUCUUAGUAGCAACCUAUUCCGGAAGUCUGGUCGCGUUCCUAACAUUCCCAAAUACAGAUAUUGCCAUCUUGACCGUGAAUGAUCUUAUUGCUCAUAAAAACAAAUUAACUUGGGGCUUUCCUAAUGGCAGCUUUUUAGAGGAAUAUCUAAAGAAUGCCGAAGAAGAAAAGUAUCAUAUUCUUUUGGAGCGGGCUAUAAUUCAUAACGCGACACAAGAAGCGGAUAUGAUUGAGCAGAUAAAGAUGGGCAAGCACGUGUUAAUUGAUUGGAGAAGCACAUUGAGAUUCUUGAUGAGAAGUGACCUGUUAUUAACUAAGGGAUGCGCCUUUUCUUUGAGCACUGAUGAAUUUAUGGACGAGCCCAUAGCGAUGAUUAUCGCAAAGGAUAGUCCUUACAUAAAAAUCAUCAACGCUGAGUUGCACCGCAUGCACGAGUCUGGAUUAAUGAAUAAGUGGAUAGCGGAGCAAAUACCGGUGAAAGACAAAUGCUCGGACAGUUUCGCCAACCAGGUCGUGGAAGAGCGCAAAGUAAACGUCACGGAUAUGCAGGGCAUAUUUUUCGUGCUUUUCAUGGGCGUGACUGGAUCGAUAUUUCUUCUGUGCUGCGAGUUUUGCUGUCAUAAGCGGCAAGUGUCGAAGCGGCGUAAAUUGAUUCAGCCUUUUAUCUCUUGAAUCGGACAGAGCCGAGGAUAGAUGAUAGAUUAAAUACGUUUCUACUUCUCGUGAAAUAGCUUCACGGCUAGAACAUCUGCAUGCGCAAUUAGACUUUAUCGUUGCUUAUAUCUAGUGUUAAUUACAGGGACCAUUCUCGCUUAAGUAUAGAGCGACUCCUCGAGCUACAUGUACCGAUUAUUUUAUUGUAAAUUAUGUACUUAGGUGACACGGUUUUCUGGCACAGAAGUUUUCUUUUACAGUUACCUAUUUUACAGUUGUAUAGCUGUAUUUUACAGUUAAAGUAAAUUUUAGAAAGAUCUUUGCAAAUUGAAAUAAUAUGAUAAAAUAUAUGCUUUUACGCUUAGUACAAGUUUUAUCUU